AUGAACAAAACAGCUCGAUCUUUACAGCGCACAUAUCCGACUCUACCGGAUGCUGGCACCACGCAGCUGCGCAUUCUGAGCGGCAUACCCGACUGCGAUUACAGGGUGCGCAGUAACCUGCCAGGUGAACAGGACACUGUAACGCUGUAUGGCAUCGAUUUCUACUCGAGCGGAAGCCUGGCCACAAGCAAUGGAAGCUUCACGCUGGUCUACACCAUUGACCGACUAACGAAAGGCUGCCCAGAUGUGGAGGGUGGCACGCAGCUUCUCGUGGAGGCAACGGCUCAUACCCUGUUCCUGCGCUCCGAGCAUAUGGUAUCGAAGCUCUGGUACGUGGAUGACCUGCAGAAGUCGAACAAGUCGAAAGCUCUAGUCCGCACCUUGGCCAAUAUGGCAGCAGGCAAACGAAUCGUUUGGCAGGAGGUGCGCAGCGGGAACACGGCUCUGGAGCUGCAGGCGCGCAACUACGAUCUGCACGAGCUGAACACCAUCGAGUACCAGGUGUUCAUAGGUCAGCAGCUGAUUCAUCAGCAGAUGCUGCGUCCUGGCGGUGUCUAUGCGUUCGUCAUUGGCCCGGCUAGCAAUGAAGAUCACUCCUCGCACAUGUUCGAGCUAACUGAGCCCAAUUCCAUGAGCAUGCUCUGGCUGAUACCGCAAUAUGUGGUCAUGAGCUUGGGCGAGGUCAUGUUCUCUGUGACAGGUCUCGAGUUCUCCUACUCCCAGGCGCCACCGAGUCUCAAGUCCCUGCUGCAGGCCUGUUGGCUGCUGACCGUGGCCUUUGGCAAUGUCAUCGUCGUGAUCAUCGCCGAGCUCAAGUUCUUUAAAUCGCAGGCCAACGAGUUCUUCCUUUUCGCCGGCCUCAUGUUUCUCGAUAUGCUGAUUUUCAUGUGGUUCGCCUUCUACUACGUUAGCUACGACGAGGUCGCAGCAAUGCACCAGAGGAAACUGAUCAAAAAGAGACAUUAAAGCAUUGAAAUAUUG